AUGGAUGUUGAUGUGUCUGGCACGCAAAACACUGGACAGACUGCUUGCCGCCAAUGUGGCGACACCUUUCCUAAUCGUGGUCUCAGAGACGAACACUGUCGCAAGAUGCACCAGCAGAGCAGUUCUGUCACCAUUUAUGGUGUCAAGCACCAUGUUACACGACAAGCGGAUGCAAAAUUUCACUGUCCUGCUCCAGGAUGCGCGUCCAGUUACGAUCGUGCAGCGUACCUUCGCAGUCAUGCUAAGACUGCGCAUAAAAUGCCUGACGCUGGUGCACCGGCGCGUCUGAAGGCACGCACGCGUGUGCCAAAACGUGAAGUCAACCUCAAUCGACAGCACGGCGUGGCCGGGGCACAAAUGUUCAUGGCCGACAUUGAGUGCCUUGUAACCUCUGCAUUUGCAUCACUAGUUUGCACGCGAUGCGGCCACGUCCUCAGUGGAAAUGUUCCCCAUCAUCUGCUCAAGAAACAUCAUUUACGUUGCACCCAAGAGGACAUUGAUGCUGCCACAGCACUCCUGCGUCCACUGCAGCCCGAGGGGCCUUUGAUGGACACUGGCGCAGGAUCCAUGCCUUGUACACCUGCGGAAGGCAUCCCCAUUCUGGACGGUGUGGGCUGCCCCCUGUGCCGAGCAUGCUACACGUCAAAAAAUAGCCUGCACUGCCACUUGCACACCGAGCAUGUUGGUGACCCCGGUAUCAAUCAGCCACCUCGACGAGUCAAGCUGCAAAAGCCGCUGCGUGGUGCUGGAGCCCGUUGUGUCGAGGUCAUUGUGGAGGAAAGCCACGACGCCUCGGCAGCCGAUGUCAGCGAGAGCGAGGAGGAGCUCGAGGAGCAGCAGCGGUUCAAGCAGUUUAUCUCAAGCACCCAGGCCAUGGCCUCGGAGGCUGAGGAUAAGCGAUGCCCACACGGCGUUCACCAGAUGCAUCCGUUCUACGACAGCGUGGGCAUGACGCUGGUCAUCAACGAGCUGAAGCCAGAGCGCAUGGUCGAACUGGGCCACAACACCCCGUCAGCACUCCUUGAGUCGGGCAUGCACGAGCUGUUCUGGUCGGCCUACGAGCAGCUCUCGGAUCAGGGCCUGGCCGCCGCUGCGGUGACGCGUCUGUUUGACGACAAUGAAGGGCAGUAUCAACAUCGCCCCAUGCGGCAAGUACAGCCGCAAACCGUCAGCAGGUACCUGAGUCUUGGAACACGCCUGAUCCAAUUCUUGCUGCUGCUGGAGGCCAUGCCAGCCCCCGAUCCGUCGAGCUUUCUGGGCCAGGUGCUUGCCAGCCGUGGCCCUGCGGUAAUAAAUGCCACCGUGGCUCUGAGUGCGGGCCUGGACGCUGAAAUGACCAAGAAAGAGCUGGUCGAGCCCCUCACGUCCCUGUGGCUGGCCCUGGUGGAGGUGGAGCUGAGCCUCUUUGACAACGACAAGGUGCACUUUGUCAACGUCUUCCUAUUGUGCACGGCCGUGUCCAAAGGAAGCGGCAUCCUGCAAGACAUCAGGCAGUGGACCACGACGCCCGCUGGACUGCUGUACGUUUUCAAAUUGUUCCUGCUUCGCCGUGGCAAGAAUGAGUCGUGGUCAGUGGCCAACGAGUUGAGGCCGUAUAUGCAGCCCGGGCGAUUGGUGCAUUUCUUGAGCCAGCGCAUGAGCAUGGCACGAACAGCGAGCGUGGCCGAGGGGCAGGCUGGAGUCGACGUCGACAUCCGAGCCGAUGGCGACGUGACGGACGAGACGCUGCGCACCAUUGUCUGCCGAGGUAUUGAGCUCAAUGUGGAGGAGCUCGGGGCCGCAUUGGAGCAGAUGCGCAAAGACAUGACGGAAAUAUUGGACAAGCACCUCUUGCUGGACUCACGCCUGCGGAAAGAUUACGAGAAAGAAUAUGAGCGGCUGCGAUUGAAGGAGGAUCGGACCAACAGGGUCAAGAACUGGUGGGUGGGCCAUGGCAGUCCAGCCGAGAACGCGCUGUUUGAUCACAUUGGCCAGACCCCGAGUCUGCGGGAAGAGUUUAUCCAAACCGAGCAUGGGUCCAAUGGCGAGCUGACCUUUCGAGAGGACAGGGUGCGG